GCGAUCCGUAAUCGUUUGGAAGCUUUUCCAAAGGCAAACAGUCGCUUGCCAUCCGCCAAACCGCUUAGACAUUUGAAAGGGAACACUUCCUAUAACCAUACAUUCAGACCGCUAACAAAAUGCGCUCCCUUUGGCUGCUGCUCGGCUUGGGGCUGCUGGUUUUGAGCCAGGUGCAGGCCUCUACGGAUGCUGAGGAUGAGCUGUUGGACCUUGACCUGUCCGACAUCGAUGAGAACGAGGAGGAGUAUCUGCGCCUGUUGGAGGAGAAGGCCAAGAUCAAGGACGUGGAGCGGGAGAACGAGAUUGUCAGCAAGUUGGCUGAGGUUCAGCACAAUCUGCUCAAUCCCGUCGUGGAGGUGGAUCUCUGCGAGACGAUGCCCUGCGGAGCCGGUCGCAUCUGUCAGAUGCACGACGAGAAGCCCAAGUGCGUGUGCAUACCGGACUGUCCCGAGGAGUUGGACUCCCGCCGCCUGGUGUGCACCAACACCAACGAGACCUGGCCGUCGGACUGCUCCGUCUACCAGCAGCGCUGCUGGUGCGACAGUGGAGAGCCCGGCUGCACGAAUGUGGACAACGCGCACAUGCACAUCGACUACUAUGGAGCCUGCCACGAGCCGAGGACCUGCGAUGGCGAGGACCUGAAGGACUUCCCGCGGCGCAUGCGCGACUGGCUGUUCAACGUGAUGCGGGAUCUGGCCGAGCGGGAUGAGCUGACCGAGCACUACAUGCAGAUGGAGCUGGAGGCGGAGACCAACAACUCGCGUCGCUGGUCGAACGCCGCGGUCUGGAAGUGGUGCGACCUGGACGGCGACACCGAUCGCUCCGUCUCCCGUCACGAGCUCUUCCCCAUCCGAGCCCCACUGAUCAGCCUGGAGCACUGCAUUGCCCCCUUCCUCGAGUCGUGCGACGCCAACAACGACCAUCGCAUCACCCUGGUGGAGUGGGGCGCCUGCUUGGAGCUGGAUCCCGAGGACCUCAAGGAGCGUUGCGACGAUGUCCAGCGAGCUCAGCCCCAUCUUUUGGGUUAACCCCAAAAGACCAGAUGGUCUUUAUUUACCCUUUAAGAAUCGUACUAACUACUUGAUUCCUUAAUCCAAUAAUUUCUACAUUUGCAAUUGUCUUGUGAGCUUGAUGUUUAAUGAAAAUAAAUGAUAAAUUCUUAAAAGUA